AUGGGUGAUCAAGGACUCUCAAUUAUCGCAUUCCCGUGUAAUCAAUUUCUGUGGCAGGAGCCUGGCACAGAUGAGGAAAUCAAAGAACGUAUUCACGAUAAAUAUGGCAUCACAUUUCAGAUGAUGCACAAAAUCAAGGUCAAUGGAAGGGACGCCAUUGAUAUUUACAAAUGGCUCAAAAGUACUCCCGUCGGAGGCGACAGAAAAAUCAAGUGGAACUUUACAAACUUUCUCCUCGACCGGUGUGGAAACGUCCGUUACCGGCAUGAACCUUCUGAACGACCGAACGAGUGGAAACAAGAUGUAAUAGAACUCCUCAGCGAAUCUGCUCAAGACUGUCAGUAG